AUGGAAUCAAGAUCUGAUAAUUGGAAUAAGAAAAUUGAUCUCGUCUUUGGGGCAAUAAACUUUAAGUCGUUCAUGCGGCAGAUGGACUUUGCUGUGACUGAAAUUGACGCCAAUGCCCCGAGGAUGCUACAAUUAAUAACCAAAAUCAGUCGAGAUAUUCGAGUUGAUAUAUCACCUGGGUCAACUCAAUAUUACACCCCUUUAUGUGAUCCUGAUUUGAAGCCCUUUGUUGGACAAGAAUUUAAGACGUUGGAUGAUGGUCUUCAAUUCUAUAAGAAAUAUGCAGUUCAAUGCGGAUUUGACAUUCGACGUUCAACAUUGUCCAAGUCAAAUGAUGGUGCUUGCAUUAGGAGAUAUGUUGUGUGUAGUAGAGAGGGUAUGCGGAUGACUUGGGCAGUGCAGGAAAAAAGGCGUAGGGUGUCUAAACGUGUCAGUUGCAAAGCUCGGGUGAUUUUUAAGUUUGUUAGCUCUGAUAAAUAUAUUGUUGAUAAGUUCAUAGAGCAACAUACCCAUUCUUUAUGUUCUGAAAUGUACAAGCACUUUCUUAAUUUUUUGCUUAAUUGUUCCCGAGCGAAUAUAGGCCCAACAAAGUGCUAUAGAUUGUUUAAAGAUACUGUGAGGGGGUACUCAAAUGUGGACGUUGCUUAUGGUGCCUGUAAAGUUGUUUAUGACAAAUCACAAAACACAACAACUUGUAGUUGCAAGAAAUUUGUGAGGGUUGGAUUACUAUGCUGCCAUGUUUUCUACGUGUUUAAAGAUUUGAACCUCCAAUCAAUCCCGGAAAAAUAUUUGGUUUCUAGGUGGACAAAAUAUGCAUUGUUGAAGCCUAUAUUUGAGGUUCAUGGUCAGAUUAUUGAUCAGUGUGCUAUGAUUGAAGAGCGGAAGUCAAUUAUGAAUCAAUUGUUCUCGGAGUUCUAUUCUUGUAUUGGGUUAACUGAAGGGAAUAAUGAUUUCAUGACAAGUUUGCUACAUUCUCUUAAGAAUCAGAGACAUAUAUUUACCUCUGGUGUGGACCAGUCUUCAUCAAUUAUGUCCAAGAAAAAGUUGUUUGAGGAUUGCUAUGGAGGGUCUGUUCCACAAAAAGUACAGGCAUUACCACCGCUUCCUGUUAAAACCAAAGGGAGUGGUAGUCGAUUGAAAUCAAGGAAAGAAAAGGCGAUUGAAAAAAGCAAUAAGCCUUUGAGAAAAUGUAGAUCACGAAAACGAUCGGCGAAGCACAUCAGUCGAUUAGAAGAGGAAUUUGACGGCGAAACCGAAGGAUAA